UUUUUGGCACAAGCGAGUUCAAGGCGCUCUAUGCUUCUAUUGACUGGUCAAAAGUACCAAAUAUUCCUACUAGGAAAUUGGACGCCAGUGGAAGCUUCAUUACGACUGGUUAUAAUACUAGUGAUCCAGAUUGCUGGUGGUCCUUUAGCACCUGUACGACCCCCAAAGCUCCUGGAAUAAAUCCCGAUAUUUACUUUUGUCCUGAACCUGAAACCUUGGGUUUGUCAUAUGAUGACGGUCCAAAUUGUUCGCAUACUGUGUUUUACGACUUCCUUCAAGCAAACAAUCAGAAAGCGACUAUGUUUUUUAUUGGAUCGAACGUUGCUGAUUGGCCUAAUGAAGCCAAGCGUGCUUUAGCGGACGGUCAUCAAAUUUGUGUGCAUACGUGGUCUCAUCCCUACAUGACUACAUUAACAAAUGAAGAGGUGCUUGGGGAAUUAUACUAUACCAGGAAAGCUAUUAAAUAUGUCAUUGGUGUAACUCCUCAAUGCUGGCGUCCACCUUUUGGUGAUGUUGAUGAUAGAGUUCGCGGCAUUGCUCAGCAGCUCAACAUGUCAACUAUUAUUUGGAAUCUUGAUACCAACGAUUGGGAUAUGGCACCUGCAGGCACUCUCACACCGGCGCAAGUUGAUGCCAAUUUUCAAGACUUUGUCAAUAUGGGUAAAAAUGGCACUUUCACUGAUUCUGGUUGCAUCAUACUAGAACAUGAAAUAAACAGUGGCACUAUGAGUAAGGCACUGGAAUGGUACCCACAGAUCGCAAGUGCCUAUAAAUAUUUAGUUCCUAUCGCUUCGUGCAUGAACAUUACUCAACCCUAUGCUGAAACAAACAUAAGCUACCCAACAUUUGCUGAGUACAUUGGUACUAGUACUACGACCAGCAACAAUAAUACGAAUAAUAGUAAUAAUAAUCCAAAUAAUGGCAAUAGUAAUGCAGCUAAUAGCAACAGUAAUGCGAAUAGUACGAAUAAUAAUAACAAAGGCCAGAGUCAGGUUGGUAAAGCGUCAUCCGCUUCGAUAGCAAGUCAUAUAAACUUAAUUUCCAUG